UCGGGAUCAGUCCUGCAUUGCAUUACCUGCUUGUCUCCUACGCUCACCCCUACGUUGUUCUGAGUUUCCGCCUCUGGCAGAAUGUGCCGCUUCGUGAUCUACAAGGGGACGUCGCCUGUGCAGCUCUCGCAUCUCCUGACUCGGCCUUGCCAUUCAAUCAUAAAUCAGGCAUUUGACUCGCGGCUUAGAUUGGACCAUAGGAGGCCAAUUAAUGGGGAUGGCUUCGGAGUAGGGUGGUACGAUUCAAAGCAUGACGAGGAGCUAGGUGAUCAUCCAUGCAUCUUCACGUCGGUAACCCCUGCAUGGAACAAUGUCAACCUUGUCAGGCUUGCGGAGAAGACCAGGUCACCUUUGGUCUUUGCUCAUGUCCGCGCAACGACAGCCGGCUCCCUGAGUCUAGACAACUGCCAUCCGUGGUCGUUCGGGAAACUCAUGUUCAUGCAUAAUGGUGGUAUCGCGGAGUUCCACAGAAUCAAGCGCAGGCUGCAAACAUACUUGUCCGAUGAGCUGUUCAACAUGGUCUCUGGCAAUACAGAUUCACAAUGGGCUUUCGCUCUGUUCUUGUCCAAGCUCCCCGAUCCACAUGCCAAGUCGUUCACGCCUAAUGUUCUCCGUCGCGCCAUGAUGGAUACAAUCGCACAUAUUAACGAGAUGACAGAGGCAGAGCAUAUCAUUGAGCCAAGUCUCAUGAACUUUUGUGUCACCGACGGCGAAAGCGUGAUCGCUACGCGGUACAUUUCUUCGCGGCAUGAAGAAGCUGCAUCUCUCUGGUUCUCAUCUGGGACGACGUUCAGUGAAUACGCGGAUGGAGGACAUUACAAAAUGUCGAAAAUGGACAAGCGGGAAAAUAUUAUCAUGAUUGCGAGUGAACCAUUGACAUUCGAAAAGGCGGACUGGAUGGAGAUCAAGACAAAUCAUAUGGUGGUUAUCACACCCAAGAUGAAUCUGCUCCAGUUCCCCAUCGUCGACAAGUACUACGUGCCGCCAUCAGACCCCGCGGCUUUGAAUCGUGGGACCGAAUUCGCGGCAUCGAAAGGCCUCCUGAGCCCACACCGCGAUGUAUCUAUCCGGCCUGCGGGCGUCGCGGAGAACUUCCCUGUCCUCGUCAUAUGA